GGAAUUGUUCAUAUCAUCAGAGCCUAGUUUUGCUUGAUUGUAUAACCUUUAUUUUUAUCUGUAUAGGUCUGCCUGGUUCUCUGGACACUGACUGCCACAAACUUUUAGUAAAUUUGCAACACCGACUUUUCCAACUUGAAGCCGUACUUGCUUUGAAUGGGAAAAUAAGAGAAGUAGGAGAGAAAGUCUUUGCUACCAAUGGAAAGAAAGCUGAUUUUGCAUCUGCACUACGAUCCUGUGAAGAGGCUGGAGGAACUCUUGCAACUCCCAUGAAUGAGGAAGAGAAUAAAGCUAUUAUGGACAUCGUGAAACAGUACAAACAAUAUGCUUACUUGGGCAUUAAAGAGUGUGAGACUUCAGGCCAGUUUACAUAUAUAACUGGCGUGCCUCUGGGCUACACCAAGUGGCACCAAUAUGAGCCUAAUGGCAAAGGGAAAGAAAAAUGUGUAGAGAUGUACACAGAUGGGAGCUGGAACGACAAAAAGUGCAACCUGUAUCGUCUCACAGUCUGUGAAUUUUAAAGAAUGGCCUUUCAGCCACCUCGGAGUGUGGAGACAAUGAAAUAUGCUGUGUCUUAGGUUUAUAAAAUUGCUGCAAAUUUUCUAUAUUGUAAAAUCUAAAAUGAAUCAUAUUUAGGUAAUUUUUUAUC